AUGUGCCGCGUCGUACUGCUCAACCAGACCCAGUACGUCAACCAUCAGUUGGGAGCGGGGCUCCCAAGUAUUCCAGGACGGGGGAUAGCCGCGCCACCGGACGAGAUAACUCGUCCAACGUUCGUUCACGUCGAGGUGGUUCAACAGCUGCUCAACCAGAUAGCGCUGGCCACCGCGAGGGUCCUCUAA